CAUAUUUUUAAAGCCAAAGCUUAAAACGAAAUUCAUCACCAAUCGGAUCCAAGGCGUUCAUGAUAAAGAAUGUCAGACGGAUCAGCCUCGUCGCCCAAAUCAUCAUCUUUAAAAUAAACCAUCCGGUUUAGAUCCAUUGAUUUGUCGCUGGAAGGGGCAAUAAUGUUAAUAAUUUAUAUUUAGCAAAAAAAAGGAAAAAAGAAAAAGCAAAAGGUUUCACUUGCACCGAUUAGGGCUUUCAUUUCCCGCCGAUUUCAGGAGAUCCCGCCCAAACCAAAACAAAAAGGUUUGUGAGAUUCAGAAAAAGAGAAGCUUGAUCCGAAGAAGAAGAUGAGUAUGAGGAAGAAGAUACAGAAGAAAUUCAAAACCAGAGGUUACAGCCUCAAGAUCGACGCUCUCAACAGCAUUCUCGCCUUCGCCGACCAAUUCCCCGGCGACGAUGAAGGAGAAGCCAUCGAUCUUCUUCUCGACCACCUCCAGAUGGAAAAUCUUAAUUCAUCAGUAGUGGAUGCGGAAUCAGUUCAAGGAGUGAUUAAUCUCUUGUUAGGAGCUAAUGAUGCCGCGGAGGAACCUACCUCCAAUGCUUCUUCCUUGGCUUUCAUCGACGCCUUUCUCGUCCCAAAGUAUCGAUAUGAUUCUGUUAAGAAGCAGUUCAUCGAGCACACGAGUAGUCUGCCUGUUCACGGUGAGGCUUCUUCCAAGACACAAGUUUACAGGGAACGAUUCAUGUUGCUGUUGCAGAGAGUUUCUCGCGCUGAGCUUUUUUCUAUGCCAGCUUUUGAUGCUGAGAAGUCUCAGUUUGACAACUCUGAGAUAUCUCCAAUACAGUCUCUAGUGGUUCAAAUCGGAAGGAAAUGGGUGAUGGGUGUGAUAUCACAGUUGGAAGAUGGGCAUUUCUAUUUAGAAGACCUUUCUGCUUCUGUUGAGAUUGAUUUGUCCAAUGCAAAGAUAACCACAGGGUUUUUCACUGAGAAUACUAUCAUUUUGGCAGAAGGUGAAAUGCAGAAUGGUAUCUUUCAGGUUAUUACAUGCGGAUUUCCUCCUUUAGAAGACAGGGAUAAAACACUAAACACACAUUCUGGGUACGACUUCUUCGGAAAUGGCAUGCUAACUAAAGAAGACAGGAUUAGACUUGCAGACCUAGAAAGACAAGCAGUAAAUGAAACAUUUGUCAUAUUGUCUGACAUAUGGCUGGAUGACGAAGAGGUUCUCGGGAAGCUGGAAAAGGUUCUUGAUGGUUUUGAAAGUGUGGAGGUUGUGCCUUCCCUGUUUGUUUUCAUGGGAAACUUUUCCUCUCACCCAUGCAAUUUAUCCUUUGGUUCUUAUCCACGCCUUAGGAAGCAGUUUGGUAAACUUGGGAGAAUGAUUGGAAACCAUCCACGGCUAAAAGAAAGUAGUCGGUUUUUAUUCAUUCCAGGUCCUGAUGACGCAGGUCCCUCAACAGUCUUGCCAAGAUGCGGUUUACCAAACUCUUUAACGGAAGAGCUUCGAGAUGUUAUUCCCAAUGCGAUAUUUUCAAGCAAUCCAUGCAGAGUAAAGUUCUACAACCAGGAGAUUGUGUUCUUCCGGAAAGACCUUCUGUACCAGAUGCGCCGUUCAUGCUUAAUACCCCCUUCUGCUGAAGAAACUGAUGACCCAUUUCAGCACCUUGUCUACACAAUAACUCACCAGAGCCACCUAUGUCCUCUACCUCUCAUGGUGCAACCUAUCAUUUGGAACUACGAUCAUUCUCUUCGACUCUACCCAACUCCUCAUACAGUAUACUCUUAAGUCCUCUUCUCAAUUAUAGUUUCUGUUUCGCCUAGUUUAGAGCGAACCAAAGGAUUGUUGUUUUUUUUGAAACAGAUAAUAUUAGGCGACAAGAGUGAGCAAAAGGUUUGCAAGUUUGGGGGAACAACAUGUUUCAAUCCAGGCUCCUUUUCAACUGAUAGCACCUUCGUAGCUUAUCGACCUUCCACUCAAGAAGUCGAACUCUCUGGUCUCUGAUUCUCUUUUCAGUCGAGCCUGAGCUUUAAAAGAUUAAAGGAAGAGUGAACAAAAAAACAUACUUCCAUGUACUCUUCUAUGCCUCUGUUGUAGUCGUAGGAGAUGUCUUUGAUUUUACCCAGAUUUGGUCAUAAUUUAUGGAUAGUUUAAUUUAA